AGAAAAAUGUCGUUGUCGGGGUUACGUAAGCAAUUCAACAAGGCGAAUCAAUACCUUUCGGAGACGAUGGGCGCCGCAGAGCCAACAAAACUUGACGAUGUGUUCAAUGAAAUGGAGAAAAAUGUGGAUACAACGUAUAAUUUAAUUACGGAUCUCGUCGCCGGAACAAAUGAAUAUCUUCAACCAAAUCCAGCUACUCGAGCAAAAAUGGCCACACAAGUUGCCCUGUCAAAAGUUCGUGGAACUACAAAAACGUCACCGUAUCCACAAACAGAAGGAAUGUUGGCUGACGUCAUGCAGAAAUAUGGACAACAAUUGGGUGAUAACAGCGAUUUGGGAAAGAGCCUAAACGAUGCUGCAGAAACGUAUCGACAAAUGGCUGAUAUCAAGUAUCAAAUGGAGGAUAAUGUUAAACAAAACUUUCUCGAUCCAUUAACACAUUUGCAGAAUAAUGAGCUGAAAGAUGUGAAUCACCACCGCACAAAACUGAAAGGACGUCGACUUGACUACGACUGCAAAAAGCGUCAGCAACGACGUGAUGAUGAGAUGAUUCAGGCGGAGGAGAAGCUGGAAGAAUCAAAGCGACUCGCUGAAAUGUCAAUGUUCAAUGUGCUUAGUAAUGAUGUCGAGCAAAUAUCUCAACUACGAGCCCUCAUUGAAGCCCAACUCGAUUUCCACCGACAAACAGCCCAAUGUCUCGAAAAUCUACAGCAACAACUUGGCCAUCGAAUCAAAGAUGCAGCUGCCAGGCCUCGUGAAGAGCAUGUUCCAUUAUCAGUUCUUGCAAAUGAGAGCAGAACUCCAAGAUCCAGUUUCAGAUCGCCUGCUCCAUCGGAUAUGAGUCACAAUUCUACGGCAGCCGCAGCCAUGCCACCACAAAAUGGAGGAGGAAUAACACAAGCACCACCAUCAUAUCAAGGACCUCCACCAGGUGGACUUCCACCUCCACUCUCCCAGCAGCAGAAGCCACAAUGCAGAGCUCUAUUCGAUUUUGAUGCUCAAAGUGAAGGAGAACUGGAUUUCAAAGAAGGAACACUGAUUGAGUUGGUAUCACAAAUUGAUGAGAAUUGGUACGAAGGACGUGUGAAUGGAAAAACUGGAUUAUUCCCUGUUACCUAUGUACAGGUUCUAGUGCCUCUUAAAUAAAAAAAAAUGUAUUUCUCCCUCCAAAACCCAGUCAAUUCUUUCCAUUUUUUGCUGUUUUAUUGCCAAUUUCUCGUUUUCUCCCCAACUCCAAAGCCAUGCUCCUCAUCUUUGUCUCUUGAAUUUUAUUUCACAAAAAUAUUUUAUUUCCCUUUCCAAAUCUCACUUUUUCUCUAGGAACCCCUGAAAAGUACUCAUUUAGAAGAGAAUGGGCUAUGGUCUCUAUGAGGCUAAAAUAGUUAAUUCUCCUGAUCCAUUGUGCCGAAAUCUUUGUAUUUAUUAAAACACUACUUGCUUUAUAUACAUCCACUACUUUCCCCCAGUCUGCCACACCCGAUGCGUUUUCCAAUAGCAAUACCCUGACCCACAUUACCAUGUAUUCUAUGUACUCUCUACACUACCAAAAAUGUGCAUUUAUCAAAUCUCCCUUAAAAUAGCAGCAUGUUAUUAGUUUUUUUAGCUUUAUUUAGUAACUUAUUUUCAACAUCAAAAAAUUCAUUGCAAAAUUACUUAUUUUCGUAAUUACUUAUUUUCGAGUAUAUGAAUUUGAUUUUAAACUAUUUUUUUUUUGAACUCGGAGAUGGAAAAAAGUCAAAUUU